GAGAGAGGUGCGGUGAACUAAGCAGAAGUUUGAGAAAGUCUGUGUUCGCUACACAGGAAAACCAAGCAAAUUCGUAAAGAUAAAGGGUCACAGGAGUAACCCGAGCUUGCCCGCCUCUUUUGCUUAUCGUGUAUGUGCUUGCUCGUGUGAAUGAGUCUAAACUGGAUGUCUUUGCUCUGUUUCCCAUCAGCGCAAAGUGAGAGCAGAUGGAAAGCUGAGGAGAAGCUGAAAGAAGGAGGAGACAAAGAGGAGGAGACAUACGCUGGACUUUUUGUGGUCUCCGCUUGAAAAAGGAGUGUCUGGAUUGCUCACUAGAUCUACACACACUGCAGUGUCACCGAAGGACGCUUACGGUAAGAAUCCCGACGGUGCGAUGCCAGAGGUCAAGGGUCAGGGAAUCGACAGUCAGUCCUGAAAAGCCCAGGAAGUGAGAUAGUGCUUGUGAGUUUUAAGCAAAGGGUUGAAGGAGUGAGAGGGUUUGGUGUUCAUACACAGCAUGAGGGAGAGUUUUUGUUUUAGUUCCUUACUCUGAGAAAGUUUUGGCUUGGACUUGACAACUUUACUGCACAUCCAAAAUCGAGCUGUGUGUUUUAUUUCCUGAGAAAUGAUGAGCCAUCUUUAAGAGGGAAAUAAGGAAGCCAUGUCCUUCUUUGGCUUAGACUGUACCCGGAGGAAAGAAAUAGAAGUGGAGAGGAAAAUCCGAGCAAACGACAGAGAAUAUAACUUAUCUUUUAAGUAUGCUACGAACUCUAUCAAAACUUCCAAAUACAACGUCUUCACCUUCCUGCCUCUCAACUUGUUUGAGCAGUUUCAGAGGAUCGCCAAUGCUUACUUUCUAUUUCUGUUUAUCCUGCAGAUUAUUCCUGCUAUUUCCUCUCUGCCGUGGUUCACCACCGUUGUGCCUCUGGUGUUAGUGUUGACAGUCACUGCAGCGAAAGAUGCCAUUGAUGAUAUCAAUCGUCACAGAAGUGACAGGCAGGUGAAUAACCGUAAAGUGAACAUACUUCUCAAUGGAAAGCUGAUAAGCGAAAAAUGGAUGAAUGUUCAAGUGGGUGACAUUAUCAAGUUAGAAAACAACCAGUUUGUUACAGCUGAUCUGCUCCUGUUAUCCACCAGUGAACCUCUAAACUUGGUCUACAUUGAGACUGCAGAGCUUGAUGGAGAAACUAACCUAAAGGUGAAGCAGUCUCUCACUGUAACAGGAGACAUGGGCGAUAAUCUGGAGGCUUUGGCUGCAUUCAGUGGAGAGGUGUGUUGUGAACCUCCUAAUAACCGCCUGGAUCGCUUCACGGGCACACUGACAUGUGCCACACAGAAACACUCAUUAGACAAUGACCGGGUCCUGUUGAGGGGCUGCACCAUCCGAAACACAGACUGGUGUUUUGGCCUUGUGCUCUUUGCAGGACCUGAAACCAAGUUAAUGCAAAAUUGUGGGAAAAGCACCUUUAAAAGAACCAGUAUUGACAGACUCAUGAAUGUGCUGGUUCUCUUUAUUUUUGGGCUUCUGGCUCUGAUGUGCAUUAUUCUGGCUGUGGGAAAUGGGAUGUGGGAAUACCAAGAGGGAUCAAAGUUUAAAGUCUUUCUUCUGAGGGAACAGAACACAGCAUUAUCUGCCUUUCUUACAUUCUGGUCUUACAUUAUAAUUCUGAACACUGUGGUGCCCAUCUCACUUUAUGUCAGUAUGGAAGUGAUUCGAUUAGGCAACAGUUACUACAUUAACUGGGACAGAAACAUGUAUCAUGCUCGAUCGAACACGCCGGCCGAAGCCCGAACCACGACCCUCAACGAAGAGCUCGGUCAGAUCAAAUACAUUUUCUCGGACAAGACCGGCACUCUCACUCAGAACAUCAUGACUUUCAACAAGUGCUCCAUCAAUGGGAAAUGUUACGGAGAUGUUAUUGAUCAGUAUAGUGGACAGAGACUGGAGAUCACAGAGGAAAUGACGCCGGUGGAUUUCUCCUUCAACCGGCUCGCAGACCCAAAGUUCCUCUUUUAUGAUCACAGUCUGGUGGAAGCUGUGAAGUUGGAGUUUGAAGAGGUUCAUGCUUUCUUCAGAUUGCUGGCUCUCUGUCACACUGCCAUGGCUGAGGAGAAAAAGGAAGGUGAUCUGGUGUAUCAGGCUCAGUCUCCUGAUGAAGGUGCUUUGGUCACCACUGCACGUAAUUUCGGUUUUGUGUUCCGCUCUCGAAGCCCUGAGACAGUGACAAUAGAAGAGAUGGGGAUUCAGAAAAGCUAUGAGUUGCUGGCCAUUCUGGACUUCAACAACGUACGCAAACGCAUGUCUGUGAUUGUUCGUAAUCCUGAGGGCAAGCUCACUCUGUACUGUAAAGGAGCAGACACCAUUAUAUAUGAGAGACUGGCUCCUUCCUGCAGUAAACUAAUGGAGGCUACCACAGAGCAUCUUAAUGAAUUUGCUGGAGAGGGAUUGAGAACGCUUGUUCUGGCUUAUAAGGAUUUGGAUGAAGAAUAUUUUUCAGAGUGGAAACAGCGCCAACAUGAGGCCAGUGUAGCGCUGGAUGACCGGGAGGAGAAGCUAGACAAAUUAUAUGAAGAGAUAGAAAAAGACAUGCUGAUAAUUGGGGCUUCAGCAAUAGAAGAUAAACUCCAAGAUGGAGUCGCUCACACUAUCGAGCAGCUGGCCAAAGCAGAAAUCAAGAUCUGGGUUCUUACUGGGGACAAACAAGAGACGGCUGAGAACAUCGGUUAUUCCUGUAAUCUACUGCGGGAGGAAAUGAAUGAUGUGUUUAUCAUGUCAGCUAACUCAUCUGAGGAGGUCAGACAGGAGCUGAGGGAUGCCCGUCUAAAGAUGUGUCCUGCUACAGAACAAGCUAAAUUCCUUAAUCCUGAGGUUAUAAUGGGAAACACUCCUGAAGUGGUGCCGGAUGAACAGGCCAAUGGAGAUUAUGGGUUGGUGAUAAAUGGACACAGCCUGGCGUUUGCUCUGGAGAGCAGCAUGGAGGUGGAGUUUUUGCGGACGGCAGGCAUGUGUAAGACCGUGAUCUGCUGUCGGGUGACUCCUCUGCAGAAAGCUCAAGUCGUGGAGCUUGUCAAGAAAUAUAAGAAAGCCGUCACUCUGGCCAUAGGAGACGGAGCCAAUGAUGUUAGCAUGAUUAAAGCGGCCCACAUCGGUGUGGGUAUCAGCGGUCAGGAGGGGAUGCAGGCCGUGCUGUCCAGUGAUUUUUCCUUCGCUCAGUUUCGUUUCCUGCAGCGCCUCCUGUUGGUGCAUGGCCGCUGGUCGUACCUGCGCAUGUGCAAGUUUUUGCGCUACUUCUUCUAUAAGAACUUCACCUUUACCUUUGUGCACUUCUGGUACGCAUUUUUUUGCGGCUUUUCUGCUCAGACAGUAUAUGAUGAAGGCUUCAUCACUUUAUAUAACUUAGUUUACACCGCCCUGCCUGUUCUGGGAAUGAGUCUGUUUGACCAGGAUGUGAAUGCGGAGUGGAGUCUUGAGUUUCCUCAGCUGUAUGUGCCGGGCCAAUUGAGUAUGUACUUCAGUAAGCGUGCUUUCAUAAUGUGCGCGCUUCACAGCUUUUACAGCUCUUUAGUUUUGUUCUUCGUGCCUUAUGCCGCCAUGUACAACACAGCUAGAAACGACGGAAGGGAAGAUGGAGAUUAUCAGUCAUUCGCACUGAUAACUCAGACAUGCCUCACCGUCACUGUGUGUGUGCAGCUGAGCCUGGACCUUUCAUACUGGACUGUUGUUAACCAUCUCUUUGUCUGGGGAAGUUUGGGAAUGUUUUUCAUAAUGACCUUCUCCAUGUAUACCGAUGGACUUUUCCAGUUACAUCCACCAUCUUUUGCAUUCGUAGGAACUGCCCGCAAUUGUCUUAAUCAAUCCAAUGUUUGGUUGACUGUCGCAUUGACGGCUACAUUGUGUGUUCUGCCUGUGCUUGCUUAUCGAUUCCUGUACAAUCAGAUCUCUCCUACUAUGAAUGACAAGGUGAGGUAUAAGGUUCAUCAAUUUAAGGGACCUGCACCCCGUCCGCGCCGCACUAAGCUCGUCCGCAGGAGCACGCGUCGGUCCGGUUACGCCUUUUCACACGCCCAAGGUUACGGCGCCCUCGUUACCUCUCGCAGAUUUCUGCGCCGCUCUGCGCCUGUACGUUCUGCAGGAUUCACUCCCACGGGACGUUCUCCUGGGUUCAAGCCCACAGGUCGAUCUGCAGGGUACAGUCCGGCUGGGCGAGAACAGAACCCAAAACAAAAAGUGGAACCCACAUCACUGCAAGUGUUCCGGGCGGUUAAAGACUCUUCUUUCUGAGGCUGGAUUUGCGGGGAACUAUUAAGCCAGAUCUAGAACCACCAAACCACUUGAACUCAUGGGGAAGAUUGCACAGCCGCUGUGAUUCAUGUUAAAAUGUAUAGAAAUAUGUACGCACACUAAGAACAAUGGACUUUAUAUGCAAAUGUACGAAACCAGGGCCAGUGCAGAGCCACUUCUAUCUGUUAGUCCCUAUGUUACGCUCAAUGCAUAUGUGGUUUAUAGCAAAGACGACGUCUGGAAGUACUCGUGUUGAAGGACAGAUGAGUGCAGCAGACAUAAGGGACUGUAGGAAAGCAGAAACUUAAAAAAAGAGGGCACGCAAAGUGAUGUCAGAAAGGAAGUUAAAAUAGAGAAAGGCACUGUAUACAUUGUUCAGAUAUUAUGUUCAUGAAUAGUCUUUAAAGGAGCAUUUCACCCGUAGAAGCAUUAAUCUUUAUUGAAAAUGUGUCAUAUUUGUAGUCGAAAUGUAACAUACAGAAAUAUUAUGCAUGACCAUUCAAAAACAUUUCUGGGGUUCUAACUAUACAAAGCUUAAUGCAAAUGGGUGAAGUGUCCCUUUAAACAAGAGUCAUGAUUUCAUGUGAAACAUCAUUUCAUUUAUUCAAAAAACAAUGUCAUAUUUGGGAUACUCAUGCUGUGUGAUUAUUUUGAAUUGGGUGACAAUAACAACAGAAUUAAAGUUUAUAUACUCUGCAGUUUAAGGAUUUCACCAUAUAAUAAUUUUAAACAAUGCGUAAAACUCAGUAUUGCAGGAUGUCAUUCAGAGGAAGGCUUUGUAUCGACAAGAAUCUCACAAUAUACGUCCUGUUUUGAUACAAUUUGUUUCGAUACGUUAUGAUACUGUAAAUUGAUAUGAACGGUGUAUUGGGAUAUUCCCUUUUCGGGAAUAUAAUAGGAUAUCAUUUAAGGAAAGCUGCCAUUGAGAACACACCACCAUAUGUAAACUUUUGCAAAAACAUUUGUGUUGUGCCCCCAUGCUAGUACUUCCUGUCACUGUUUAAAUUCAGAGAUAAGAAGAAUGCUAUCUAGUGGUCGGGAUGUAAACUCCAAACAAAGUAACUGCCACGAAUCUUGUCAGAUUUAUAUUACAAAUACAAAAUCUUAAAAAAAAAAAUAUAUAUAUA